GCGGAGAGGACGAGGUAGCGAACGUAUUAAGAAAAUAAACGAGUUAUUUUUUUCUUCCAAUUUUAUACCGAAGGAGAUACUUCAGCGUAAACCAAGAACGAUGACUGGCUCGAACGAGUACAAACUGAACCAGGGACCAGAGGACAGUAUCUCUGCUGUGAAGUUCAGUCCCAGUACGGGCCAGUUCCUUCUCGUGUCCUCUUGGGACUGUACUGUCCGGCUCUACGAUGUGGCAGGAAACUCCAUGAGGAUCAAGUAUUCUCACCUGGCACCUGUGCUGGAUUGUGCUUUCUAUGACCCUACACAUGCCUGGAGCGGAGGCUUGGACACGCAGUUGAAAACCCACGACUUGAAUACAGAUCAAGAUACAAUAGUUGGGACACACGACGCCCCCAUUCGCUGUGUGGAAUACUGUCCAGAGGUCAACGUCAUGGUAACAGGUAGCUGGGAUAGGUCAGUCAGGCUGUGGGACCCCAGGACCCCCUGCAACGCUGGCACCUUCACACAACCUGAAAAGGUGUACACCCUCUCUGUGGCUGGUGACCGGCUCAUAGUGGGGACAGCAGGGAGGAGGGUGUUGGUCUGGGACCUGAGGAAUAUGGGCUACGUCCAGCAGAGGAGAGAGUCCAGUCUGAAAUACCAGACACGAGCCAUCAGGGCCUUCCCGAACAAACAGGGCUACGUGCUGAGCUCCAUAGAAGGACGUGUUGCUGUGGAGUACCUGGACCCCAGCCAGGAAAUGCAGAAGAAGAAGUACGCCUUCAAGUGCCACCGGUUGAAGGAGAACGGCAUAGAGCAGGUCUAUCCCGUCAACGCCAUCUCCUUCCACGGUGUCCACAACACCUUCGCCACAGGUGGUUCAGACGGCUUUGUGAACAUCUGGGACCCUUUCAACAAGAAGCGCCUGUGUCAGUUUCACCGCUACCCCACGUCUAUCGCCUCCCUGGCCUUCAGUAACGACGGCUCCACGCUGGCCAUCGCCUCCUCUUACAUGCAAGAGCAGGGAGACAUCAGCCACCCGGAGGACACCAUCUUCAUCCGUCAGGUCACGGACGCCGAGACGAAGCCCAAGUGAGUCGGGACGGUCUCCUGAUCUGAUUCACACCGUGGGGCCCCGAUCUGAUUCUGAAACCGCGCUGCCUCGGGUAGUUUCUUUCCGCGUUGUCUUCUUUCAGCACUGUGAGCUACAGCAACCAUGAUCCAUGAUUUACUUCAUGGUGGGUCCAGCCCAGUACGGCUCGGCCCUAUAGUGUGAAGCAGAACAUCCAGUCCACAUCCCGGUGCUCUUGUCUGGCCUGCACCGCCACACUGCCCCUCACACUAUUUUGGUACAUAUGAAUGGCAGCAUUGACCAGGAGCAGGCAGCUGGUAUUUAUCAGGCCAUCUAGCUCUCUCUAGCGCUCUCUCUCUCUAGCUC